GUGUGCGCGCCCGCGCCGCCGCCUCGGACCCGCGCCUCCGCUCGGCGCUCGGCCGCCCCGGGAUCCCCGCCCGCGCGCGCCGCGUCCCACCUUCCUCCUCCUUGGCCAGGGCGCCUGCCGCGCGCCUCGCCGCGCCGUGCGGGAACAUGGCGGGAUCGGUGGCUGACAGUGAUGCGGUGGUGAAACUAGAUGAUGGGCAUUUCAACAACUCCUUGGGCUCUCCGGUUCAAGCCGAAGUGUACUUCCCACGACUGAUAGUUCCAUUUUGUGGACACAUUAAAGGUGGCAUGAGACCCGGCAAGAAGGUGUUAGUGAUGGGCAUUGUAGAUCUCAACCCUGAGAGCUUUGCCAUCAGCCUGACCUGCGGUGACUCAGAAGAUCCUCCCGCCGAUGUGGCCAUCGAGCUCAAGGCUGUGUUCACAGACCGGCAGCUGCUCAGAAAUUCUUGCAUUUCCGGAGAGAGGGGAGAGGAGCAGUCGGCAAUCCCGUACUUCCCAUUCAUCCCAGACCAGCCGUUCAGAGUGGAAAUUCUCUGUGAGCACCCGCGUUUCAGGGUGUUUGUGGAUGGACACCAGCUUUUUGAUUUUUACCACCGCAUUCAAACGUUAUCUGCGAUUGACACCAUAAAGAUUAACGGGGACCUCCAGAUCACCAAACUUGGCUAACGUGCAAGCCCCAGUGCAUCUCAGGUGGAACUGGCUGCCGCAGCUCUCUGAAGGAAAAGUCCCAGCAAGACCUGGAGACUUCACAAACAAAAACAGAAGCAAGCGGCACGGUCUCUUCUUGCUGUGCAGUUUAAGCCCAAAGUGACUACUUCUACUGGGAUCAUCCUUCGGAAGAAAGCUGUUGGGACAAAGACACCGAGCCGUUCUUCCCCCAGCAAGGAAACAUGUUUGUGCUGGAUUGGAUCAAAUGCAGCCAAAAACGGAUGUGGGAUGAUUUGUGAUUUGGCGGCAAAUUAUUCAUCUUUUCAAAGUGAGAUGAUGAUAUUUAGAAACAAAAGUGCCGAAUACAUUAAAAACAGUAGCAACGGUACAUGAAAUCAGCGUGUUCCUGCGCUGAAGUGGAAUUGUGUAGCACAACCAACAUUUUAGUCAGGGUAUUUACAUAGAAUGUAGGUUGUUCAAGAUUUGGUUUUUGUUUUUUGGGUUUUUUUUGUUUUGUUUUUUUGGGUUUUUUUUUUGCACAACAUAAUGUUUGUUCGGAUUUUGAAGCUUUCUUGUAGUUAUUUAUUUAUACCCAUUGUAUGUAUUAGAGAACUAUCUCAAGAACAACAAGUUAAGAACUUUUGAAUGUACAGAUAUCUUAGAUUUCAGGAGGGAAUUAACAUAUACUAAUUAUAAAACAGGUGAAUUUCUACCUGAAAGAAGUCAGUCAUUUCCUCCCUACCACUCAACUUAGGAUUUCUUGAUACAAAUUGCUAUAAGUACUUUUGGGAGAACUUUGCAACAUUUUGAUAAAACUGCUUUUCAAGUUAUUAUUGAUAAUGCAGAGUUUUGUUAAUGUUGCUUUUUCUCUGUACUGUGCCACAGUAUUGGCUUUAAGGAAGACUAACUGUUACUUCUUAGUAGCUCAUUAGGUAACUGAAGGCAAGUAAGAGGUGAUUUUUUUUUAAGUGACCAUUAUUUAAAUUUUUGAAAGUGUAACAACGAAAUGAUUCUGGAAUUCAGUAUAAAGCAAAUAGUCCGAAUAGCUUACCCAGAAGUAAUUUGUAUCAACUUAGGCAUUGCCUCAUUGUAUGACUUUUCUCCUGCGAUCCUCACCAGUAUCCCCCGACAAUGCCUGUGGAGCACAUUGUGGCUUUCUGCAGGUCUGGGGAAGAUGAGAUCCGGGUCAGGGAUGGAGCUGGGGGGCCGGGUGUACCUCCCUGGAUGGCAGUCCUCUGAGUCCAGUUGGUAGUGUGGAUGUGUGCAGUCAAGCCACAGCAGCUGCCCUGUUCUCGGGACCUUAGCAGACAGUGGUGUCUCUGGCAGGAGGCAGGACUGUCCGGAGCCCUGAGCACUGGACUUCAGUAGCAACAUUGACCCUGGAGAGAAAGACCCUUGGCAUUGCUCUCGCCAGGUCAUGAGGAGACGUGAGGGGUGCAAGGUAGGGAUGUGUUUAUAUCUAAGUUAGGUUUUGUUUGUGCAGCAUUCUGUGUCCUGUUAUGACACAUCCUUGUCCUGAUUCACUUUUGAGUUUUCUUCACAAAACAUGCAGAGACCACGUCAUUUUCAUGUGUUGAGACUAGCGUUUCAGAACCAAAGUCUAAGAUGAACAAAGCAAACUAGAAUUAUGAAUGUUUGUAUACGUGCUGUAUGGGGAUCUUCUUCCGUUUUGCCACGGUGUAGCACAGUUCCAUGAAAGUACUUAACAGCUAUCAUCUCCAACAGGACUGGCUCACACUGGCAAGCCGCACGUAACGUCUGACUUAGCCAUAGUCGGCCCCAGAGCACGUGUGGUUGUGGGUGUUUCCAAGCUGUGCUGAGCCUCUCCCGGCUUCUAAAGCCACUACAUGCGUGGAGUGUUGGAGGGCUCCCUGAAAUGCAUCUGUAGGGAUUUCGAUUCACUUUCAGGUGGGAGACGGUCCCACCCCCCCAGGACUCUGAGGUCCCUCUAGCUGCAUAAUUCAGCAGAAACCCGAGGAGAAAGGAGUGUAACUGAUUGGAAUUGACAGUCUUGUUCUCUAUCAGCUAGCUGGUCGGCAGCCAAGCCUUUAGGCAGCUUAGUGGGAACUGCAGUGUUAACCCUUUGUUUCUCUGUGAGGUCAGUGGGAACCUCUUGGCUAAGCGUAUUUGGCUUAAUCUCAAUGCUGUGAUGGUUUGAUUCAGGUAUCGCUAAAUUAGUAAGGAGCCGAUCCAGCUGUGCUAAUGGUCAGCUGGAAAGAAACAAUAUUCACCUCGGCCUAUGAGAUCUAUGUUGGAAGUUUCUGGAUAUGGGAAGUGCAAUUAGAAGCCUCACAGGGGAUACUUGGCAGUGGAAGGAGUUAUUUCUGAUUAGAGCCCCAUUUUUUUGCAAUAACCAAAACCAAGGGAUGUUAAGAAACAAUGAGGCUCUAGGGAAAUAACAGCCAGGCCUUAGACAAUCUGUUUCUGAAGCAAAAUCGUAGUGAAUGUGUCUAUCAACUUAACAAAAGUGACUUCUACUGUUUCUGGGCUCUCCCAGAAUUGUCUUAAAAUUAGUAUUUUUUUAAAAUUUUAAAAAUCCAUUUCAGAUCUUGCCAACCUCAGUUCAAAACCUCCUAAGAGAUCCCGCUUAGAAUCGGUGAUUUGUUAAAGUGACAAAUCCUUUCAUUUGUAUUCAAAGGAAAAUACCCAGAAAGAGAAGGGGGGGGCCCGUUAGCCUUGAGGGAAACGGCCUUGGCGCUAGAGGAAUACUGUUCCUAUAAUGAAAUAUUUUCAGAGAGACACUUUGUUAUUUACUGCAUGGUGUAAAAGGUUGCUAAAUGUGUUGUUACAUUAUGUCACUGCUGAAAGUUACUGGCACUAUAAUAAAGGAAUUUUCUAAAAAAUGA